UGAGCAGAAUGACGUCAGAUGAAUCUUGUUUGUGCGCACUUUUUCUGCGCAUAGUAACCAAACAAGAGUGCUGUUUUAGGAGGGAAGAGCAAGAGUAUUUUUGACACCUUUUUAAUUCGAUUUUGUUGCCAUCAGACCGAAUAUGACUACAUUUAGACCAGCAGAUUCAAAGAGAGAGGAGUUCAGAAAAUACCUUGAGAAGUCAGGUGUUCUUGAUACACUGACAAGAGUACUUGUUGGUCUUUAUGAAGAGCCUGAAAAACCCACCAAUGCAUUGGACUUUUUGAAACAGCACAUUGGCAAAACUGGACCAGACACAGCUGAUGUCGAGGUUCUUAGGCUGGAGGUCACUGAACUACGGCAAAAAGUUGAACAGUUAACAGAAGAAAAUGCAGAGCUUAGAGCAAAGUUACCACCAGAACCUCAAGAUGCUGAACAGCCAAGUGAAAGCUAAAUCAUAGAUUAUUUGACUGGUUCAGUUUCCCUUAUUUUACAAUCCAGCCAAUCACCUUAACAAUGUUAUUUUUGGUUCACACAAAUUUUGUGUAAACAAGUUUAUCACUUUGUUGAUUUUGGCUUCUCCUGAUAUCAAUGAUUCAAGUAAUUAUGUCUAAAUUAUUUAUAAAGUCAAUUUGAAACAUCUUUAUUUAUUUAUUUAUUUAUUGUUAUUUCUGAUUAAUUCUAAAAGUGGCCUAAAGUCAAAUUUAUCUUCCAAUAAGUGUAUACAGUAUUUAUUCCUUAUGAUUGCAAUUGAUAAAUUGCAUAUCUAUUUCAAAGUGAUCCAGAUACUCUAUCUUUGUACUUCAAAAAUUUACUGUAAAUUUGUUCAUGGUUUAUUUUUACAUUAUUAUAUUUAUUAUUAUUAUUAAUUUGAUGUUAUGUUUGAUAAAGAAAUGUACGAAGUGUGUUCUAGUUUUUCAUACUUUUUGUACAUUAAUAUCCAAGUACGGUACAUUUGUUAGCAUUAGUAUGUUUUGAUUUAUUAAAAUAUAAAAGGAAUCAUACAAA